AUGCCGCUCAGCAGAGAAAUAUUUCGUCGACGCGGGGCCGCACGUCCCGCCGCAACAGCAUUUGCAAUUUUCACCACGUGGGACGGCGCUGCUCCUCCCAAUGCUCUUUCUGUCCACGAGAGAGGAGGUCACCUCGAUGGGGUCAGGUCCGAGCGAGCGAGCGUCCGUCGUUCUUUUCUCCUCAUUCCAACAAGACGUCUCCUCUCCUGCAUGAGAACACCACCGCCAACGCACCGCAUCACCUGCUCUUACGCCGCUCUACCAUUCGCACCGCUUGCCUUUGCCAUCCCUAGCAACGCACCCAACAGACCCAUACCAAGACCAGCCCCCGAAGAACAUCCGCAGAACCUGAGACGACGACAUCAAGCGCAGCAUCUUCCGCAGUACGAGUGUCCUUUCUCGGGAUUUGAUGACUCCCACGGUGGCCUCGAUUGGAGCCUGCACCAUCCAGCAGAUCCAUUUCCUCCAGAAAAUCGCUUCUCUGCACUGCUGCCACCUCCUGCUGCUGCUGCUGCUUUCCACCGUGACCGCGAGUUUGUAGCACAUGGAGCUCGACGUCGCUCUCGAAACACUCGAGGCACCAAAGAAGCAAAGAAACGCCGUGAUGCCAGACGCAAUAGAAGGAAAUUGGCGGCCCAACUGCUUAAUGAGCAGCUCUCGCGAGACAUCGAUGAGACCCUGACCAGAGCGAACAUCCACCCUCCUUCACACAUGCCUCUCCCAUCUCCGGCCCAAAGCUCACCUCUGGCUGCCAUGCUGACACCGCCCUCGUCUGCCACAUUGGCCCGCUGGCUUCCGCCAACGCCGCCUCAGCUUCCACUGCUGCACUUUAGGAAUUUCGACAUGUCUCAUCUGCCUCAUCUCUCCUCCCCAAAACAGUCCCCACUGAGUCCGACGCCCACUGUACCUGUCAGCGUGCCAAGUUGGUGCCCAUCAAUCCCAUCCCUAAUGCGAAACGGUGGCUGGCAGGGUGAUGUCCCUAGGUUCUUCGACCUCUCCAGCCUUCCUGAGCGAAGAGAUCCGCCUGCUGGGGACAUGCAGCUCAUACGUACCGUUAAGCCAAAGAAGCAAUCUAGAUUCUUCCCGCCUUCGAGUAUACCGAGACCUACAGUUAAGCUGCCUCGGACCGCCUGCAAGUUGCAUCCAUGCGAGCAAGCGAUGCAAGAUCCGAUAACGCCUGCGUGGACAUUCAGCCGCGCCGAGCCUGAGCUGGUGCAGAGGGCAGAGGAAGGGAUCAAGAUUAUUGGCGAUAGCAUGAAGACACAUGUGAAGUUACCGUCCGCAUCGAACCUAUGGUCUAUUCUUGCAGACGUGGAAAUGCAGAAAGACCAUUCCCGCUCGUCCUCGGGGGACUCAGUCUGGGAAGACGAUUCAUCACCGGGUGGCGGCGUUGCCCUACCAAACAUGCUUGACGAGGCAAGAGUGCCUGCAGAAUUGGAAGCGCCAGCGACGCCAUACGUCCAUCUCAACUGCUUGGUGGGACAUUCUAACGAGCGUGGCGCGGCGUUCGCUUCUGAACACUAUGAUGUGCACGAUUCAGGAAUCUGUAUUGAGCAGAACUCAACCCCAGCGCCUCCGAUCUACGAACUGUCUGCCAUGCCCUCGACACCGCCAUUGUCGGCCUCACCGGAGCCAAUACCGCUGCGGAGUGUCAGGCCACCCAUCUUCAGCGAAGAACUCGACACUUCUGCCGACCACUACGACAGCGAGCAACAGCUGUUUGAGGCUACCGAAACACCGCUGCCAGAAACUCGACCGGAAAGCCCAAUCGACCUCGCUACCUUCUUGGCGAUGGGUCAUGCAGAGAAGUGCUGGUGUCUAGACUGCAAAGAGGCCCCAGAGCUUGUCGAGGAUGGGAAUAUUUCAGACGAGGAGGACUGGACGAUGUGGUCGAGCAAUGACGACGAAAGCGAAUUCUGUGUCGCAACCGAGCGGCAAGCAGUUGCUGAUGCCGAACAUGAGGAGGAGCUGGAGGUCUCUCGCCGACCUUGCGCUACUGCUCCAGACGCGCAGAACCUCUUCAACAACCUGAUGACGAACCGGAAUUUUUGGGCUAUCUCGACGACGGCAUGGCUUUUACUUCGGACAAUGACUACGACUGGCUCGGCGCAUGGACGGAUAACUAAUACAUUGGCUGGCGAUUCUUGGUCUUUGGUAACUUUGGGCUCUUGUCUGUAUCCUGGUUUUAACGCUUCUCUUGACCUAGAUCUAUCUCAUUGCUAUUUACUACGAUGCGAAUCGUAUUCACGAACACCUUGCUCGUUUACAAAUUGGCGGGUAGUGUGCUCAGUCAUAUCCCAAAGCUCACGUACACGCAGAGACACCGCACAUCAACGGGAAAAACCUUUCGAGUCGACAAGAAUGAAACUCGCCACUCUUGCUCUAAUGGCUACCAGCGCCAUCUCAUCUGACGCUGCUACACCCUCCCUAUCCACGCUUCUUAGCACCACUCCAUCUCUCGACCCCCCACCUUCAACAACCAACGCAUCCACCCAAAACCGAUGCGGCCCAGUCUGCAUCUUCUUCGCACCUGACGGAACAUGCAUCCAGACCGUCGACGGCUGUACUCUUCCCCCUCGGGUUGGUACUUCACAAACUCCCAUCAAAACCGAAGAGGGAAAACAAGACAACGAAAACGAAAACGAAAACGCUGCAGUCGGAAAAUAUGAAGAAGAAGAAGAAGAAGAAUCCUGUCUCCCAGCUCCUCACGGCUGUGUGCCCAUCUCUUCUUCUGCCGCGAAGCUGGUCGUUAAUAGUGUUGUAGCGGUCGUCACGGUCGUAUGGGUGGCAAAAAUUCAGAAAAUAAGAAAAAAGAAGUAUAAGAAAGCCCUGGCGGCGCGGAAAUGGAAAAUUUCUUGGAUUUCCGUAAGCAACAUGUCCACUGUCACUGUCGCGACCACGAGCACGACGUGGGACCCAGAGUUCGAAACAGAAGUCAUACGAGUUCCGCCAGGGACCUACCUAUACGACUCCCCCGGGUGUAUUUCCAGACCCGUUGACGCUUGUUCCCGGGACGCCGGGAGCAGCUUGUACACCAAUGCUGGUGCCAACAAGAAAUGGGGUACAUGCUCGGGAGCUCACUCGAGGAUGGAACGGGAAGGAUGCAUGACUCUGCUUGGAUUGUUCGCAGGAGAAUGCCACUAUGACGAUGGUGAGCGACUUUUGCAUCUACAUUGCCACACCCACGUCUCGGGCACUUCACGUUGGAAUGUGGCAAUUUCUAAGAAGUAUAUGCUUUGGCUCGCUCUGACCACUGAUCCCACAGCAUUGGAAGUGGCUUCAACGAAGCAUUCAAAUGUCAUGAACACUUCACAACCAACACUGUCACAAACAAGCUCCCAUCCAGCAUACUCGCCACGGCCACCAAAAGACAGUCGGUGUGCAACACGAUGCGUUUGCAUCACGAAAUCGCCCGACGAAGCAGAAAAUGACGAGAUUCCUGAGGCAACUUGGGGAUACUUCUUGAAGAGUGGAUUCGAAUUCCUGGGAGCGUUCUUCUUUCCACGCGACAAUUAUCGGGACAGUGUUGGUGUUGCUUGCUCAUUAUGUACAUAG